GUUUUAAUGUCGCUAUUCAUCUUGUGUAUAAUUAGUAUUUGGCAUGCUGUGGUUACAUUAAUCGGUUUAGACUUUGAUUUACCUGAUUCUUCUGGGCUUGCACCAUCUUUACCAAGUACUCCUCCUACUACUCUUACUACUACGACAUCAGCAACUACCACUGCUACUGUUACUUCACCAAUCAUUUCAUCCAAUCCGAAUGUAAAUAAUAAAACAAAUCAUGGUCACAGAUUAUUAUUUUUUCCUAAACAAUCAAUUCUCAAUCAAUCAGAUGAUAAUUCCCACAGGAACAUAUCAACUAAUG